AUGUAUCCAUCACUUUUCAAAAUUGCUGGUCUCAAACAAGGCUCUAUUCAUGAGCACAUUUCAUUGGAUGGUACCAGUUGGUGUUUCCACUUCAAGAGAAUUUUGAAGGAAUCUGAAGUCAACCAAUUAGCUGCCAUGCUUGUAUCCAUAGGUCAUUCUCCACCGCCUCUUUCCAGUCAACGUGACUCAAGAGUGUGGACUCCAUCAUCAACAGGCUCUUUCACUGUAAAGUCAACCUAUAAAUCCUUGGUUGAGAAUGCUCAAGAUGUUUCAGUUACUAAUUUUCCAUAUAAGGCCAUUUGGAAUCCACACGUGCCGCCAAAAAUAUGUUUCUUCUAUUGGACAGCAACUCACAAUAAGAUCGCCACCCAAGACUCCCUUCAGCAUCGGAACUUUAAGCUUGCAAGCAGAUGUCCUCUUUGCCCUGUUGAAUGUGAAUCAACUGAACACCUUCUUCUGAACUGUCAUUUCUCUCGCAAAGUAUGGUCCUUAAUCCUCCCACGUACGCGGUGGUGGAUUCCCCCUCUAACAGUUCUUCAACUAGCUCAAACUUGGUCAUCUAAAGGUAUUUUAGGUCCAGCGAAAGAAAUAUGGGACCUAGUACCAGCUGUCGUGAUAUGGGCUCUAUGGAAUGAACGCAAUCGGAGAAUUUUCGAAGACAAAUCUCUUUCUCACUUCCAUGUCAGCGUGGAGGUGAAAGCAUCAAUUCUAGCUUGGAGUUCCGUCUUCAAUAGAAACUUUAACUUCAGGCUUGAUUGGUGUGUUUUCUCUUGGGAGAGCAUGUUUCACUAA